UGGAUAAACAGAAGAAUGACCUGGAGCAGUGCACAGAACUACUGUCAAGAGAACUACACAGACCUGGCCAGCAUUAGAAAUGAGAGUGAAAAUAAUGCAGCAAUGGAGAAAAUACAAAACAUUACCUCCUGGAUUGGUCUGUUCAACAACCCCUGGAAGUGGUCUGAUGGGCAGGACUUCACAUUUCAAAACUGGACACUUCAACAAGCAAACAUAUAUCAGAACAAUGAAACCUGUGUCAAAGUAACAAACAAUGGAGACUGGAAGGCAAUUGAUUGUAAAACUCAGGAGCCCUUCAUCUGCUCAGACACUAUCAUGAAUGUCACCUUUAUAAAUAAAAGUUCAACUUGGGAAGAAGCUAUGGAUUACUGCAGAGAAAGGAAUUCUAAUCUCAUCAGCAUCUCAUCUCAGGUGGAGCAGGACGCAAUAGCUGCACUGGUGAACACCACCAAUUCAACCAAUGUGUGGCUGGGGCUGAGGCAGAGCCGCCUGUUUGGAUUCUGGUUCUGGAUUGAUGAAAAGCCUUUGAGUUAUGAGAAGUGGGUCCAUGGACCUCCCUCACAGCUCCCUGCCUCCAGCCCCUGUGCCGCUAUGUCUCAACAAAACAAUUUCAGUUGGAUUAAUGUUUCUUGUUCAGAGACAUACUCGUUCAUUUGUAGAUAUAAAUAAAACAUAAUAUCUGUUUGCAGUGCUUUUAUUAUUAUUUACUUUUACAUAAACAGCUUUUGCCAAUAUUUUACUCUGUUGUUGAACCCGGUUUGAGGCUGUUAUCUCUGGAAGAGAUACAUUAGUGAGUGUGAGUGAAAAUGUGGCCUGCAUUAGACUGAUAUUCAAUAUGGGGAUGGCAUCUGUUUCCACACUUCUGUUGAGUUUGGCACUGGGUGAAGGAUACCUGAAUGGUAAUGAAU